CAGUGUGGGGAUGGUGUGGGGCGACAGCGUGAGGACGUGCGCAUGUGUGCGUGUUCACGUGUGUUCACAUGCCCAAGCGUGUACACAAGGCAUGCGCGCACACGAAAGGUGAAUGCACACGUGCAGGAGUGCACACAAGUGUGAGCCACACACAUACAUGUGUGCCUGUGUACAUGUAUGUGUGGGAGUGGGUGCACACGAGUCAGUGUGCCAUAUGUGUGCGUGCACGCGUGUGUGGUUUAAAGCGGGGUAGGCAUGCACAGCGUAUACACACGAGUGUGUGUGUGCACAUACGAAGGCAUGAGUGUGUGUACAUGCACGGUUAGGGUUGUCCGUGCAUGUGAACAGGUCCAUGUACGUGAGCGUGUGCACGUGUCAACACUGGCGUGUGCACGUAUGCGAGUGUGCGCACGUAUGUGUGCGAGGUGCAUGGUGCACGUGCUCACACCGGGGCCAGGAAGAGCAGCUGGCUGUGCCCAGUGCUGGACCCCGCGGCACUGGACUCACACACGUGCCCCUCUGUGGCUGGAGGGUGGGUUGUGGGUGACAAGUGCAGCAACCUGGGGUGGUCUUUGUUUUCUUAAGUCUUACUUAUUUUGAGAGAGAGAGAGAGAGACAGACAGAGAGGAAGAGAGAAUCCCAAGCAGGCCCUGGGCUAUCAGCGCAGAGCCCAACCCAGGGCUCGAACUCACAAACUGUGAGAUCACGACCUGAGCCGAAGUUGGAGGCUUCACCGACUGGGCCACCCGGGCGCCCCGGGGUGGUCUUAUUCACUCUUGCUGUCGUCACUUCUCUGUGUGUCUCCUCCGCACUGUGGCAUCAGGACUCUCAGAGCCACAUCCUGAUUAGAGCAGACAGGGAAGGUUGUCUUGCCCACAGCAGUCCCCAGAGACACCGGUGUGUGGGGCCUGGUCCGAGUAUUAGCACAGUGUAUUCUGAGCCUGUGGACUGGGGUGGACUGCCUCUGCAGUCCCGGACCCCGGCUCCAAGUCCUGCUCUGUAAAAAAAAAUUUUUUUUUAACGUGUAUUCAUCUUUGAGAGACAGAGAGAGACAGAGCAUGAGAGGGGGAGGGGCAGAGAGGGAGGGAGACACAGAAUCGGAAGCAGGCUCCGGGCUCCGAGCUGUCGGCACAGAGCCCGAUGCGGGGCUCGAACUCACGAACCUCGAGAUUAUGACCUGAGCCGAAAUCCGACACUCAACCAGCUGAGCCACCCAGGCGCCCCAAGUCCUGCUUUUUUUAAAGAUACUUUAUUUUUAGAGCAGUUUUAGAUUCACAGCAAGAUUGAGAGGAAGGUACAGUGAUUGCCCAUAUGCCUCUGCCCCCCAACAUGCAUGGUCUCCCCUGUCAGCAACAUCUCCGCCAGACUAGUACAUUUUAUAACGAGUUACAACUCAGUUUUACAAUUGAACCUACGUUAACACAUCAUAAUCACCCAAAGCCCAUAGUUUACAUUAUGGUUCACUCUUAGUGUUGUACAUCCUGUGGGUUUGGACAUGUAUCUACUAUCAUAAUAUUACACAGAACAGUUUCACUGCCCUAAAAAUCUUCUGUGCUCUGCCUGUUCAUCCCUCCACACCCCACAAACCCUGGAAACCACUGAUAUUUUUAUUGUCUCCAUAGUUUUGCCUUUUCUAGAGCGUUAUGUAGCUGGGGUCAUACAGCGUGUAGCCUUCUCAUACUGGCUUCUUUCACUGAGGAAUAUGCACUUAAGUUCUUCCAGAUCUUUUCAUGUCUUUCUAUCACUGAAUCAUAUUCCAUUUUCUGGAUGGACCACGGUUUACGAAUCCAUCACCUGCUGAAGGGCAUCUUGGUCACUUCCAAGUUUUGGCAAUUGUGAAUAAAACUGCUGUAAACAUCUGUGUGCAGGUUUUUAUGCAGAUACAAGUUUUCGACAACUUUGGGUAAAUAUCAAGGCGUGUGAUUGCUGGAUCGUAUGGUAAGAGUAUGUUUAGUUUUGUAAGAGACCAACGAACUGUCUCCCAAAGUGGCUGCACCGUUUGGCAUGCCCGCCGGCAACGAAAGAGAGCUCCCGCCGCCCCACACCCUCACCGGCGUGUGGGGUCAGUGUUCUGGAAAUUGCUCGUUCUAAGAGGCACACCAAGAUGAAGACAGCCACCAACAUUUACAUCUUUAACCUGGCUCUGGCGGACACUUUGGUGCUGCUGACGCUGCCCUUCCAGGGCACAGAUGUCCUCCUGGGCUUCUGGCCAUUUGGAAAUGCCCUGUGCAAGACAGUCAUUGCCAUCGACUAUUACAACAUGUUUACCAGCACCUUCACGCUGACCGCCAUGAGCGUGGACCGCUAUGUAGCCAUCUGCCACCCCAUCCGCGCUCUCGAUGUCCGGACGUCCAGCAAGGCCCAGGCCGUCAACGUGGCCAUCUGGGCUCUGGCGUCUGUCGUGGGUGUUCCUGUCGCCAUCAUGGGCUCGGCGCAGGUCGAGGACGAAGAGAUUGAGUGUCUCGUGGAGAUCCCCGCCCCACAGGACUACUGGGGCCCCGUGUUUGCCAUCGGCAUCUUCCUCUUCUCCUUCAUCAUCCCCGUGCUCAUCAUCUCCAUCUGCUACAGCCUCAUGAUCCGGCGGCUGCGUGGCGUCCGCCUGCUGUCCGGCUCCCGGGAGAAGGACCGGAACUUGAGGCGCAUCACGCGGCUGGUGCUGGUGGUGGUGGCGGUGUUCGUGGGCUGCUGGACACCCGUCCAGGUCUUCGUGCUGGUCCAAGGGCUGGGCGUUCAGCCGGGCAGUGAGACCGCAGUGGCCAUUCUGCGUUUCUGCACAGCCCUUGGCUACAUCAACAGCUGCCUCAACCCCAUCCUCUAUGCUUUCUUGGACGAGAAUUUCAAGGCCUGCUUCCGAAAGUUCUGCUGUGCUCCUGCCCUGCGCCGGGAGAUGCAGGUGUCUGACCGUGUGCGCAGCAUUGCCAAGGAUGUGGCCCUCGCCUGCAAGACCUCCGAGACAGUACCACGGCCCGCAUGACUAGGCGUGGACCUGCCCAUGGUGCCUGUCAGCCCACAGAGCCCGUCCACACCCAACACGGAGCUCACCCAGGUCACUGCUCUCUAGGCUGACGGCAACCUGAGGCCUGAGUGUCGCCGGACUCACAGACUUCACCGUGGCUUCAGAGGGCCUGGUAGCAUCACGGGACAGGUCAGACUACAGCUGCCCUCCUGGUUCAGGGUGGAGAGGGGACGCGAGGACCCACCGGUGAGCGUGCGUGACCAGAGCGCACGCCAACUCUCCCACGCUCCUCGGGACCCUUCUGGCCUCUGCCCCGCCGCACCCUGUGCGCUCUUGGCGUGCACACACCUGGAGGCGUAACGGCAGCGUGCCCACCCCGUGCCCCUGUGCGGCGUGCCGUCUGCGUGGAGCGCUGCCCCGUCUCCUUGGGCUUGGAACUGACUGGAGGGCUGGCCAGGCGUCCGCGGGCAGCGGGGCUUGGAGCCGCUGGCACGGACUUGCCUGUGCCUCAGCUGCUCCCCUUCUCGUCCCCCACCUGCCUGCCUCUCAGAGGCUUUUCCCUCCAGAAGCGCCAAGAACUGUCAG